AAUGGAUAAAUUUAGAGGAAUUGGGUUCGCUUUAAUUGUGUCCUUGGAUCUGUGUUGCUCUUUCCAGGGGAGAAUGGCGGUGAAGUCGGGAGAAGAGCGGCUCAAGGAGAUGGAGGCCGAGAUGGCUUUGUUUGAGCAGGAGGUUCUGGGCGGUCCGGUGCCCGUUGCCCCAGGAAGUCCAGCGAUGGUGGAGGCCGUGCCCGUGGCCCUCGCUGUGCCUGCCAUGCCCGUUGUCCGACCGAUCAUUGGCACCAACACCUACCAGCAGGUCCAGCAGAGCCUGGAUGCGAGGGCUGCCACGUUCGUGGGACCCCCGCCCCCUACCUUUGUAGGCCCAGCCGUGCCCCCCAUCAGACCGCCCCUGAUGAGGCCAGCGUUCGUGCCACACAUUCUGCAGAGAUCAGGGGGUCAGAGAAUGCCAAUGAUGCGUGGACCCCCUCCUCAGGGCAUGAUGGCACCCCCCAUGCCACGACCCCCCCCUCCACCGCCCAUGAUGAUGGCUCCGCCCAUGCAGGGCCCCCCCCAGCACCACAUGGGCCCCAUGGGGCCGAUGGGACCCAUGGGCCCCAUGCCUCCGGUGGGGGGAAUGAGCCAGAUGGUGUCAGUGCCCCCGCGCCCGCCGGUCCAGGCCGCGCCCAAACUCACCCCCACCGUGAUCCAGGCGGCCCCCACCGUCUACACCACCCCCCCCGCACCCAAGAGACCGGACCUCCGCGCCCAGAGGCAGGCACGCAUGGAGGAGCUGGCUGCUGCAGUGGCGGAGCAGCAGGCUGCAGUGGUGGCCGCAGGGCUGCUGGAGGCGAAGAAGGAGCCUGCGGCAGGGGAGGAGGGCGUGAUCGGCCCCGCCCUGCCCGAGUCCGAGCCCAGCCACACAGAGCCAGCAGAUGGCAGCGCCGAGGACAAGAAGAAGGGGAGGCAGGAGAAGGUGAAGAAGUGCAUCCGCACGGCUGCAGGCACCUCGUGGGAGGACGCCAGCCUGCUGGAGUGGGAAUCAGAUGAUUUCCGGAUCUUCUGCGGUGACCUUGGCAACGAGGUGAACGACGACAUCCUGGCCCGGGCCUUCAGCCGCUACCCCUCCUUCCUGAAGGCCAAGGUGGUGCGGGACAAGCGCACGGGGAAGACCAAGGGCUACGGCUUCGUCAGCUUCAAGGACCCCAACGACUACGUGCGCGCCAUGAGGGAGAUGAACGGUGAGGGGGGGGGGCUGUGCGCCAUGAGGGAGAUGAACGGGAAGUACGUGGGCAGCCGACCAAUUAAACUGCGCAAGAGCAUGUGGAAGGACAGGAACAUGGAGGUGGUGCGCAAGAAGCAGAAGGAAAAGAAGAAGCUGGGACUCAGAUAGAAAGAGCUUACCUGUGUCUGUGCCUGUGUGUGUGUGCGCGCGUGUGUGCGCAUGUCUGUGUGUGUGCGCCUGUCUGUGUGCAUUUCUGUGUGUGCAUGCGUGUGUACACGUGUGUAUGUGUGUGUGUGUGUGUCUGCGCGCGUGUGUCUGUGUGUGUGUGUGCGCGUGUGUGCACGCGCGUGCGUGCGUGUGUACACGUGUGUGUGUGUGUGUCUGCGCACGUGUGUGUGUCUGCGCACGUGUGUGUGUGUGUGUGUGUGUGUGUGCGCGUGUGUGUGUGCGUGAGUGUCCUGGGUAUCUCCAUGGGCGUCAGCAGGACCUCUCACAGCUGCUGUGGCGGCAGGGGUGGGGUGGGGGGGGUAUUUGGGGGGGUUUGGGGGGGAUAUGUGGGAGGGGGUCCAGCUGGCUGAAUGAGGUGCGUUCCCCAGGCUCUAUGUGAUUAAGAAGCAGCUGUCAGAGAGCACGUGUGUGUGAAGGAGCUGAAGAGCUGAGGAACAGGAAGGACUGGACACCAGAGGGGGUUCAGAUCUCGUGUGUCUGAAGGACCGGACACCAGAGGGGGUUCAGGUCUCAUGUGUCUGAAGGACUGGACACCAGAGGGGGUUCAGGUCUCGUGUGUCUGAAGGACUGGACACCAGAGGGGGUUCAGGUCUCAUGUGUCUGAAGGACUGGACACCAGAGGGGGUUCAGGUCUCAUGUGUCUGAAGGACCGGACACCAGAGGGGGUUCAGGUCUCGUGUGUCUGAAGGACCGGACACCAGAGGGGGUUCAGGUCUCAUGUGUCUGAAGGACUGGACACCAGAGGGGGUUCAGAUCUCGUGUGUCUGAAGGACUGGACACCAGAGCAUGGUAACUGUUAUCCAAGUACUAGCAUGGUAUAUGUUAAGUACAUAGGACAAUAUUUUAUCUGUAAUGAAUCGCGUGUGAUGAUGGUCUAUAUUGAGUAAGAACAGUGUUUUGUUUUUUGUUUUUUAAACUUGGCAACCACUAUUUUUAACUGUGAAGCCCAGUUAAAAAUAGAGUUGUCGGACCGCUCUCUGACUUUGUUAUAAUUUUAAUGCCGCAUUGUAAACAGUCACUGUUUAAAAAAACUGUUUACCAUUGUUCUGUACAUUUGCAGUGAAUAGUUGUACAGAAGCCAUUCUGACAACAGCGUAGAGUAAUUCAGUAAAAUCCAAAUUUCUUAA